AUGACUGUUUUGUUGCCUGUCAGUGUAUCAGCAGAGUUUGAACCAUUCAGUCUGCCGCUUCAGCUGGUGAAGCUGCUGACAGUACAGCAGCAGCACGAGAAAGAAGUGAUCACUGGAGGCCAUUAUGAUGUUGACUGUCGGUUGGAAGAUCCUGAUGGCAUUGUAUUGUACAAAGAGAUGAAGAAACAAUAUGAUAGCUUCACAUUUACUGCAUCCAGAAAUGGAACAUACAAAUUCUGCUUCAGCAACGAAUUCUCUACUUUCACACACAAAACUGUGUACUUUGAUUUCCAGGUUGGAGAAGAUCCACCACUGUUUCCUAGUGAGAACAGAGUAACUGCACUUACCCAGAUGGAGUCUGCAUGUGUUUCAAUUCAUGAAGCUUUGAAGUCUGUCAUCGAUUACCAGACUCACUUCCGCUUGAGGGAAGCACAGGGCCGCAGCAGAGCUGAGGAUUUAAACACGAGGGUGGCCUACUGGUCAAUAGGGGAAGCAAUCAUUCUUCUUGUCGUUAGUAUCGGGCAGGUAUUUCUUCUCAAAAGCUUCUUCUCGGAUAAAAGAACCACAACAACCCGUGUUGGUUCGUAACUGGUAGUGGUAAUACUUCAGGUCAUUGUGUGCUAACUCAUCUGUAAAAAUUACUGUUCUCCAAUUAAUUGCAGGUACAAAGGAUAUGAAUAUAUGCAACAUUCAAGUGUGUCUACCCCUCAUCCCUUUAAAAAUCACAAAACAGACCCAAAAUGUUAUGAAAAGGAUACAUGAU